CAUCAUCCAAUUGCGUUUGGAUUGCUUCUUUUCCUUUGCUUCUAUCAUUAUCAUUCCGUUUCUAUCACUGCAUAUCAUAUUCCAAAAUUUUUCCCGAAAAAGAAGCUGUCUAAUACUCAAAAUAUGCCGGCAAUGCCUGCUGCUCGGAUGAGCAAUAUGACAUUGGCAAUGCCAUCAUCCAUCUCGAAAGAUCUAAGAACGCCAUCUCCUCGUUCAAGUGCAACAAGAGAUCUCAACAGUCUACAUUCAUCACCUGCUCAAAGUUCUGCACCAAUCUCACCAUUACUUCUUCCAACGUCUGACGGCGCAAUUUCCAAGAUUUGCGGAAGCAUUAUAGAACCGGAAGAACAACGGCAAAGAUGGGCUUGCAACGGUUGCAAAACUGUUUUUGCAAGAGAUGCGACUAUCUACCUCAAACCUUCUGCUACAACCUCUUCCACCCCGCUAAAAGAUGCAAGCUCGGUAUUGAACAGACGACUAGAGGCUUCAAGUGGAGCAAAAGAACAUUUCUGCAAGUCAUGCUAUACAGAACGUUUUGCGAUCGGAAACUGCUUUACUUGUUGUAAUCCGGUAAUCGGAUCGACAAAGGAAGACGGGAAGUUUGUCAAAUCGGGAAUGGACGGGCAUAUUUGGCAUGGGAGGUGUUGGAAGUGCGUGGGCUGCAACGCUUCUUCGACCGAGAAAGAGAUUACACUAGGGAUGGAUGGAAGGCCGGUGUGCGAGGAAUGCUUUGACAGACCUUUACCUCGACGAAAUGUUGUUCCCGCUCGACCUAGUUCGCCAUUCAAGGAACCCGGUCCUCGUCGGGUUUCGCCCCCAACAUCAUUGAUGAGUGGAAGUGCAACAAGGCAAGGGAUGGGUGCAGCUAUUGCAGAACUUUCACGAAAAUUCGGACAGCCAGUUCCAAAAGCUUCUCAAACUGGAUCUGCUACUGUUACACCUUUAGCAUCUCCCACCUUACCGCAAUCAUCAUCUUUUGGCCGAGAAAGUCCUUCGAGACUUACUCGCACAAACAGCUUUACUACAGGCGCUCGACCUUUGACGGCGCAAUUUUCAGGCACAGGCUUCAAUCUAGCAGCUUUCAGACCAACAACGCCAACCGCUAUCUCAAGAUCGGAUUCCCGCAGUCGUUGCAAUAGUCUAUCGAAGGAGAUGCUAGAGAAGUCAUCAGACAAGGAUGUUGAAAUUUGUGCGAAAUGCUUUAGAGGACCUUUUGAUGGACCUGAAAAUACGGAUGGUAUAGCAAGUGAAGCUUGUAUGGUGUCUUUACAAGGAGGUAUUGUACACUACCAUUCAAGCUGCUUUUACUGCGAUGUAUGCAAGAAGACUUUGGAUACCGCUCUUCGUUCUUUUAUCCGAUUAGAUGAAGGUCGAUUUGCACAUCCUGCUUGUGCACCACCUGCAACUGUCACACGUUCUUCACAGCCAGUCACUUCAGGCUCAGUAGGAAUGACGCCAUCUUCUUCAACGUCUUCUUCUAUCGGUGAACAAGAUCAUGCUACCCAUCAACGCUUACCCCGUCCUAGUACGCAAGCAGAUGCAAAGCAACACACAUUGCCUACAUCGUACCUGAACGGAGUAGCACCACCCAAAGCAAGCGGCGGUCGUUCCUCAAGUGGCUAUACACCUUCAACAUCAUCCUCUUCUGCCAAUCGACGCUUUCAGCCAACGUCAGGAGCUGCACCGCCAACCCGUUCAACUUUGUUGCACUCACAACCAUCUUCAAAUCCCGCAAUGCGUACCAAUGCAAGUUUAGCCGUUUCUUCUUUACCGAACAGAGGACCGGAUACGAUGACCACUUCAACAUCGGAUAAAUUUGGUAAAUUAGGCGGAAUGCAAAUCUGUUGUGGUUGCAAUGCCAAAACUUCAUCUUUGGAAGGUGUUCGUGGACCGCGUGGACAAUUAUGGCAUAGGAAAUGCUUGGUUUGCAGUGCCAAGCCGAUCUCCAACGAUAGCUCAAGAAGAUUUUCACUUCAAGCACCACCCCAACAAUGCGGGAAACAACUAGACAGUUCGGCAAAAGUCACUGCUGACGGACAGUUACGUUGCAGAUCUUGUUAUGAUCGUGAGCAUGGACGCCAUCGUGUGGCGGUUUGAUUGGCUGUUUCUCCUUGUAUUCUCUUUCAUUCUCUCAGCACUACAAUAUCUGACCCAGUUCUCAUUCAACAUGUAUAUACUACUUCAAUAGAGCAAUCCUGAU